GGCGCACGUUGUUUGCCUCGUUACACGUGUCGUGCACGUGUUGAAUCAAUUGGCAGACUUGCUUACACGUGUAGCCACCUGACACGUGUCAUUGUAUACUCGGCACGUGCAGUUUUCGCAACAAGUGAACUGUGAUUUAUCUGCUUUACCUUGAUUGGCGAACGUGUUACGCAAGUUGACUUCCCAGGCAGCGUCUCGAGCUCAUUUACGGCACUGCAGUGGGACUCGGGCGUUCGGCGCGUGUGGGGCCGGCCACUGGCCAGAUCGGGACUCGGGUGCUGGCGCCUGGCGAGGGUGUCUGCCGCAGCUCCAGCCGCCCCAUGAUCGUGCGAAGCGACUCCGCCAUGGAGAACCUUGACUAUGAGGCGCUCAACCGCUGCUUCUUCGAGUCUCACGAGUUUUGUGAGUUCAUGGAGUCGCCCAUGUACGACUCGUGCUCGUCCAAUGACGGCUCUUACGCGGGCCGGACCGGCGGCGGCGCUGACGGGGACGGCGGCAGCGGCGGCGGCGGGGAUGCCGGCUCCCGGCGGCGGCGGAGGAGACGGUCCGGCGCCACCCAGCAGGUCCACCAGAGGCACGCGGCCAACAUGAGGGAGCGACGGAGAAUGCAGAGCAUCAAUGACGCGUUCGAGGGACUUCGAACUCACAUCCCCACACUGCCUUACGAGAAGAAACUUAGCAAGGUGGACACGCUCCGGUUAGCGAUCGGCUACAUCAGUUUCCUGGGCGAGAUGAUCUCUUCCGACGACGGCCAGCACGCCUCGCACAAACUCAACGGAGACGCGCCCAAAAAGAUCGUCCUCCAGUCAAAAGAUGGUGGCCAACUGCGCGGCCACUCGCUCUCCUGGUCUCACGAGCGACCGCUGACCAACAACAACAGCCAGGUCACCACCAAACUGUGGCACCCGGAGGACCCGCGCGACAAACCGCUCGAAGAGUUCCCAUUCGGAGCGUGAGGGGAGUCCGAGCGGGCUGGGGAGGGCACCUCCCGGCGGGAAGACACUGGGGAAUGACGAGUGAUGUGAGGCGGGGUU